AUGCUCCUCUCGGUACCGCCGCGCUCCGGCCUCCCCGCCUUCGCCUACAACAAGAGCGGAAAAAAGCAGUCCUAUGUGCCACCGGCACAGCCCCUGGGCCCCCCCAGCCCUGCGGGGGGCGCUGCAGACCAGCUCAGCAAGACCAACCUCUACAUUCGGGGGCUGCACCCCGGUACCACGGACCAGGACCUUGUCAAGCUCUGCCAGCCCUAUGGGAAAAUUGUCUCCACCAAAGCCAUCCUGGACAAGACGACCAACAAGUGCAAAGGCUAUGGCUUCGUGGACUUUGACAGCCCCACAGCAGCCCAGAAGGCUGUGACUGCCCUCAAGGCCAGCGGGGUGCAGGCACAGAUGGCCAAGCCCAGAGACCCCCACCCAGAGCCCUCCCCCAGGGCCCUGGCCAGCUCUUUGAGCCCCCUCCUCUUCUAAAAACAGCAACAGGAGCAGGACCCUACCAACCUCUACAUCUCCAACCUGCCCCUGGGGGUGGACGAGCAGGAGCUGGAGGCACUGCUGAAGCCUUUUGGGCAGGUGGUCUCCACCCGCAUCCUGCGGGACCCCCACGGGGCCAGCCGAGGGGUGGGCUUUGCACGGAUGGAGUCGACGGAGAAGUGCGAGGCAGUGAUCACUCACUUCAACGGCAAAUACAUCAAGACCCCACCAGGGGUGCCAGCCCCCCCGGACCCCCUGCUCUGUAAGUUCGCGGACGGGGGGCAGAAGAAGCGCCAGAGCCAGGGCAAGUUUGUGCCCAACGGCAGGGCCUGGCCCCGGGACGGCGAUGCGGGCACUGUGACCUUGGCCUAUGACCCUGCCACAGCGCUGCAGAACGGGUGGCAACUCCACCCUUCCUCCCUGCCCAACAGGUUCUACCCAGCACCCUACGGCCUGGCCCCCAGCCGGAUGCUCGCCCCCACGGCCCUGGCCCCCUACCUGCCCUCCCCAGUCUCCUCCUACCAGGUCCACGGCCCUGCCUGGAUGCACCAAUCCUACCUCGUGCAGCCCACGGGAGCUGUGCUGGCCCCGGCUGUGGACCAUGCUGUGCCCCUCCAGCCGUCCGUGGUGGCUCCUCUGGCCCAGCAGCUCGGCCACCUCUCACUUGGCAGUGCUGGCACGUACGUCCCCACUGCGGCUGCUGUCCCUGGAGCCUUCAUCCCCCCGUACCCCCCAGUGCCACCCACGCUGCCCCUGGAGGACACUUCUGCUGCCCCGAGCCAUGGCCCCAUCGAGUCACCGUCGGAGCCUGGAGCCUUCCCCUACCCCUACCCCAAGUAG